AUGGAUGCCAUUGUCGAGAACCUCGUCCUCGAGGGUGACAACCUUGCUCCCAACGUCAUGGAGUUCGGCAGCGACAACUACUGGCGCUGGGGCCGCAAGUCCAUCACCAGCAAGAACAAGAACAAGGUCAUGCUCUCCGUCUCCGGUGUCCAGUGCGACCUUCGCGAUGUCAGCUACUACAUCAAGAAGAAGGAAGGAUUCCCCAGUAUUACUGACAAGGGUGUCAUGGACAUCUUCCUCGGCGGUACCGGCUUGAGCUUCAAGGUCGCCAUGGAGACUGCAGACAAGACCGACGGCAAGCACUUCUUCAAGGUCAACACUGUUCAUGUUGACAUCAAGAACAUCAACAUCAAGCUGAAGCAGUCCAACCACAAGCUUCUCUUCAACAUGUUCAAGCCUCUUCUUCUCAAGGUCAUGCGUCCUGCCAUCCAGAAGGUUGCCGAGACCCAGAUCCGCAACAACAUUCACCAGCUCGACGAGAUGCUCUAUGGUAUCCACCAGGAGGCCAAGAGAGCUGAGGCCCAAGCUAAGAACAACCCUGACCCCGAGAACAUCCAGAACAUCUACCAGCGCUACGCCACUGCCGCCCAGCAGAAGUUCACCAAGGGCAAGCAAAAGAAGGACGAGGUUGCUGCCGACAAGAAGGUCAACAUGGCUGUCACCCAGCACGACAGCAUCUUCAAGAACAUCUCCCUUCCCGGCGGUAUCAGCACCAAGGCUACCGAGUACAAGGACCUUGCCGCCAAGGGCGACAAGUGGGAGUCCCCCAUCUUCAGCAUCGGAUCUUCUAAGGAGACUUCCAACCUGCCCAAGAUGGCUGCCAUCACCCGCAAGCCCCACCGUGUCAACCAGGAGGGCGUCCGUGGUCCCAACAACCUCGGCACCAACUCGUACGGUGCAGGAUUUAAUGGAUCCUCUGACACUGGCCCCAGCGGUGGGCUCAACAACUCGAGCAACACUGGCUACGGAAGCACUGGCUACGACUCCCAGAACACUGGUUACCACGGUGGCUCCAACACUGCCGGUCUUACUGGCCAGGUGCCCGUUCGUGGUGGCAACACUCUUGGCUCUGGCCUUGACCAGAACACUACCAACACCACUGGAUACCACCAAGGCUCGUCUCACUUCGGUGCCGGCGAGGGUCCCAUGGGUGCUGGCCGUGAGUCUACUGGUGCUGGUAACUUUGGAGGUGAGGUCGACCGUGCCUUCCACGAUGCUACCCACACCGGUGCUACUACCGGUACCACCGGCACUACCGGCACUUCCACUGGUGUCCAGGGUGAUGAAAGUCAGCACACCUUCUUCGGCAAGAACAACCCUGUCUUCCAGGGUCGUGUUUAA